AGCCAUUUCGAAUUCUGUUGUUCGAUUAACAUCGUUUAAAGGUGCAAAAACACUUGUAACAAUAUACAAAGUCUAAAGUAGCCGCACUUACCAGUCUAAAAUGUUUCCAAAACAAGUAAUUCGCUGCAUUGCUCAGCUGUCUUCCCAUACGUGUUGUGGUACUUUAACGCUUAUCACAUACGGUCACACUGCACUCACCAUUUGUUAUUGUCUGCUUAAAUCGAGGUAAGCUUUUGGCGGAUGGCAUGGCAGAGGCAAGCGCCGCUAAGAAGCCCAAGAUGACCACAGAUGAAGAGCCAGCCAUCAACUGCGCCCACUGGGUGCAGCGCAAGAAACGCUACUGCAAAAUGACACCGAACAAGGGCAGUUUAUUUUGUGGAGCACACGAGCCGCCAACAGAGCCAAGCGCAAAGAACGCGGACACGGAGCGCAUACCCUGUCCACUAGAUCCCAAGCAUACGGUCUUCAAACGCAAGCUAGCCAAACAUUUAAGCAUAUGCAAUGCCCGCGAUCAAGUCAGCACAUUGCCCUAUUUACACAAAAAUAUCAAUGCUGGCGAGGAACUGGAGCCUGGCAGGCAGCAGGAGCUGAGCGACUACGAGAAGCUGAAACUGCACGAGCUGGAGGAUGCAGAGUUCUAUGCCGUCAUAGAGAAAGUGCAGCAGCUCUACGAAACACACAUAGCCGGCAACAUUGAGCAGCUGCAGCUGCAGCAUGCAACGCUGGAGGAGCCGCUCAGCCACAGCGAGUUUGGCCCGGAGACGCGCAAGCACCUGGUGCAAACAUCUGCCUUGCUGGGCAUACUGGAGCAGGAUAAGCAGUUGAGCGACAACACCAGCUAUAUUGAAUUCGGAGCUGGCAAGGGCCAGCUGGCGUUCUAUCUGGCGACGGCGCUCGACACGCAACAGUUGGCCAACUCACAGCUGGUGCUGGUGGAUCGCCUCUCGCUGCGCCACAAGAAGGACAACAAGCUGGCCAACAAGCAGCUGGUGCAACGCAUACGCGCCGAUAUUGCAGACCUCAAGCUGUCGCAGCUGCCGGAGCUGCAACGCACCCAGCGCAAUGUGGCGCUAUCGAAGCAUCUGUGUGGCGCCGCAACGGAUCUGACCCUGCGCUGCGUGCUAGGCGACGCAGCGUGCACCACGAACUACAUAUUGAUUGCCCUGUGCUGCCAUCAUCGUUGCUCGUGGCGCUCCUACGUGGGCAAGCAGUGGCUGCAGGCGGCGGGCGUCACACCGCGCGAGUUUGUUAUCAUCACCAAGAUGGUUAGCUGGGCCGUGUGUGGCAGCGGCAUGAGUCGCGAGCGUCGCAAGGCCCUGGCGGAGGCCACGCGGGCAGAACAGCCGCCACAGGAGCCCACUCAGAGAUUGGGCCGCGAACAGCGCGAACUGAUUGGCUAUCAGUGCAAGCGCAUCCUGGACCACGGACGACUGGAGCACCUGCGGGCGAAUGGCUACCAAGCGUCGCUCAAGUUCUACGUGCCGCGCGAUGUUACCUUGGAGAAUGUGGUGCUCUUGGCCAAACGCGACAACAUUAAGUGCAAUAAAGCCUCAUGAUAAUCUAUUACUAGAUUUGAAAAAUCA